AAGAUGACGACGACAUUGACGCACCCUGAGUGGGACAAGGAAACAGGUGGCCUCGAAGUCGCGAAAACAUUCGCAGAGCGAAUCCGCGGCAAGAAUGUACUGAUCACAGGUGUCUCCCCUGAAUCAAUCGGUUCCUCCAUCGCCCUCAGCAUUGCCUCCCAGUCACCCGCACUCCUGAUAUUGGCUUCUCGUACCCAGCACAAGCUCGAUGAAGUCGUCAAAUCUAUCAAAGAUGCGUACCCCGACACUCAUGUCAAAACUGUCUUGUUAGACCUCAUGUCCCAGGACUCCGUCAAAGCUGCAGCAGCCGAAGUCGCCCAGCUAACCAAUCGCUUGGAUCUGGUAAUCAACAAUGCGGGAUUCAUGUCACAAAAGCGCCAGUGGACUAGAGAGGGCAUCGAAGGCCAGUUUGGCGCAAACCACAUCGGGCACUUCCUAUUCACCAAUCUACUCAUACCUCAGUUACUCACUUCUGCCUCGUCCAAUGCAACAGGCGCCACACGCGUGAUCAAUUUGACAAGUCUUGGCCAUCGCCUCAGUCCAAUCCGAUUCUCAGACUACAACCUAGAGAAGUUAGGAGAUGAAGUACCACCCGAGGAAAUGCACGCGCCCCUGCCGCCGAUGUUCCAACAAAGUACAGACGAUGGGUACAUCGGGUUUGUAGCGUACGGGCAGGCAAAAACGGCGAACAUUUUGUUCUCGGUCGCCUUGAACGAGCGCUUAAGUGGGAAGGGCGUUGCGAGCUAUGCUGUGCACCCGGGAUCGAUAUGGACGGGGCUGAGCCGAGACCUUGACCCAGAUGGCGAGGCUGCUAUUCGGAAAACGAGUCCGUUCUGGAAGAAUCAUGAUCAAGGUGCAGCGACCGUUCUGGUUGCAGCGCUCGACCCUGCUUUAGAUGAACCAAAGGGGGUAUUGCUGCAUGAUUGCCAGAUAUUUGGCGCCGCGCCACAUGCGACCGACCCAAAGGUUGCAGAGCGACUGUGGGCAUUGAGCGAAAAGCUAGUGCAGCAGAAGUUCAAAUUAUGA